AUGAACCUCAGUCUUCCUGAUCAGAACAUGCACAGCUCGGGCGAAGGCUGCCUGGAAGACGACAAGCCUGAUGUCAUGCUGCCCUGCUUCCGCCGAAACAUGUACGACGAGCCUCUGGCCUCGUACUCAAACGGAUCGAUCAUUUCUCAGCUCCUCCGCAAGACAAUCCACAACAAGAGGGCACUAGAUGAAAGCCAUUUCUACCUCUCCAGCUCCACUGCUGCUGACUCCGGCCCGGAGGACCAGAGCAGCGUCUCCUCAAAGGACAGCGCCGUGGAAGCUGCAUCCCCCAGCGGUCACGUCUCCACAGGAGCCAGCCCGGAAGGAGAGCAUCCCAUCACCGAUCACCUGCAGGCCAAGAGGGCCAGAGUGGAGAACAUUAUCAGGGUCAUGGCUGGAUCCCCCAACAGCAGGCAGCACGGAGACAGCGAGAGGUCUGACACAGACGCCAGAGACUCCAGGGAGGCCAGAGAGGCGUACAGGGAGAACAAACGUAAGCAGAGGUUGCCUCAGCAUCAGGAGCACAGCGCUGCAGGACAGGUGAGCAGGAAACCUGGCAGCAGCAAUACUGACAACUGCAACAGCAAGGACGAGGAGUGUCACAAGCUGAAAGAGCAGCUCCACAGCAUGCAAAGGCUCCUGCGUCAGCUCCAGGAAAAGUUCCUUCAAGUUUACAACCAGGAGGAUCCCGAAUAUGACAACAGAGACGACACAGAAGCUGGUGCUGAGCGUGACGUCCUUGAGCAGGAGUCACGCUACUUAAGCGGCGAAGAUGAUUUCGAGAGGAAGAACAGCAGCAGGAUGACUGCAGAGUGUAAGGAGCGAAUGAAGGUAGUCGGUUAUCUGGUGCACCAAAGAGAAAGUCAGAACCUACAGGAAACCCUGAAGCAGGAGCUCUCCAGGGCUGUCAAUGAUUGCGUGGACCGGGUGUUCAAGAAGGCGUCUUCCACAGGACUGGACCUGUCCCCUCCUCAGCGCAUGUGCGCGUCGCCAGAGAUCAGCAUGGGCGCAGACAGGAAGAGCCAGCAGGCCGGCUCCGCCCUCGACCAGCCCCAGGCCGAGGAGGCCGCGGCCAAAUCCCGCUCGUUGGAGUACUAUGAAAGCUCCGAGGCUCAAAGCCCGCAGGACCAGACGGAGGCGCUGUCGCUGGUGGUCCGCAAGCCGGCGGCGGCCCCCCUGAGCUCGGUCACCCCGACGGUGAAGAGGCCCUACCCGGUGCACCAGACGCCCUUUCAGUUCAACUACAGCACCCCUCUGCACGACAGCCACAUCCUGGAGCACCUUCUCAAGUACGGGCCCCACUCCAACUUCGGGGGUCUCCCGUGCAUGCCCCCGUCGAUGGACAGGACCUCCCCGGACUCGGUGGACCUGCCCUGGGACACCAUCGCCAUGAGGUCCAAGGUGACGUCGGGCCACCUCGGCCACCACCCUCGUCCCUCCUCCCUGGGGGCCGUGACGGUGGACAACCUGUGUCUGCCUCACGUCAAGAUCGAGUGCGGCGAGCUGCAGAGCAUGGCCGAACGAAACCCCUACAUGUCCCUCAAUAUCCAGGAAGGUCUCACCCCGAGCCAUCUGAAGAAGGCAAAGCUCAUGUUCUUCUACACCCGCUACCCCAGCUCCAACGUGCUCAAAACCUUCUUCCCUGACGUCAAGUUCAAUCGCUGCAUCACCUCUCAGCUGAUCAAGUGGUUCAGUAACUUUAGGGAGUUCUACUACAUCCAGAUGGAGAAGUUCGCCCGGCAGGCCAUCGUCGACGGCGUCAGCGAUGUCAAAGACAUUACGGUUAGCAGGGACUCCGAGCUCUUCCGGGCGCUGAACAUGCACUACAAUAAAGCCAAUGACUUCCACGUGCCCGACAGGUUCCUGGAGGUCGCCGAAAUCACCUUGCACGAGUUUUACAACGCCGUUUCUGCAGCCAAAGAUUCGGACCCCUCCUGGAAAAAGGCCAUAUACAAGGUGAUCUGCAAACUGGACAGCGACGUGCCCGAAGAGUUCAAGACUUCUUCCUACUUAUAGGCAGAGAAAUGUACAGAUGAAGUGGUUUUUUGGAAAUUUGACAUUUCAUCA